CAACCCAAGAGGUACCAGGGAAGACCUGUAUCAAAUCAAGCCCGUGACAGCGGACAAACCAGAGUUUUUUAACAAGUAUUCAUGUAUAGAGGCUGAAAGAGAAGCUCUACGAUGUCCUUAAAGCCGCGGGUGGUGGAUUUUGACGAGACAUGGAACAAGUUACUGACCACAAUCAAGGCCGUUGUGAUGCUCGACUAUGUGGAAAGAGCCACGUGGAAUGAUAGAUUCUCUGACAUUUAUGCUUUGUGUGUUGCAUACCCUGAGCCUUUGGGUGAAAGGUUAUACACAGAGACCAAAAUAUUUCUUGAGAAUCAUGUCAGACAGUUGUACAAGAAAGUUCUUGAGUCUGAGGAGAAGGUUUUAGUGAUGUACCACAUGUACUGGGAAGAGUACAGCAAAGGAGCCGACUAUAUGGACUGCUUGUACAGGUAUCUUAACACACAGUUCAUCAAGAAGAACAAACUAACAGAAGCUGACCUGCAGUACGGCUACGGAGGAGUGGACAUGAAUGAGCCGCUCAUGGAGAUCGGAGAACUGGCGUUGGAUAUGUGGAGAAAGCUGAUGAUUGAACCCCUUCAGGCUGUUCUCAUCCGAAUGUUGCUGAAUGAAAUAAAAAAUGAUCGGUGCGGUGAGAACCCCAACCAGAAGGUGAUCCAUGGGGUCAUCAACUCAUUUGUUCAUGUUGAACAGUACAAGAAGAAGUUUCCACUAAAGUUUUAUCAAGAAAUCUUUGAAGGGCCUUUUCUGAUAAAAACAGGAGAGUAUUACAAACAGGAAGCCUCCAAUCUUCUGCAGGAGUCUAACUGCUCACAGUAUAUGGAGAAGGUUUUGGCACGGUUGAAAGACGAAGAGGUCCGAUGUCGGAAGUACCUGCACCCCAGCUCUUACAGCAAAGUCAUUCAUGAAUGCCAGCAGAGGAUGGUGGCAGAUCACCUGCAGUUCUUGCAUGGGGAGUGUCAGAACAUCAUUCGGCAGGAGAAGAGAGAAGACAUGGCCAACAUGUAUACGUUGUUGCGAGCUGUGUCAAGUGGGUUACCUCACAUGAUCCAAGAGCUGCAGGCCCACAUUAACAACGAGGGCAUCAGAGGCACCAGUAACCUCUCUCAGGAAAACAUGCCAACUCUGUUUGUCGAGUCAGUUCUGGAAGUUCACAGCAAGUUUGUUCAGCUCAUUAACACGGUUCUAAAUGGAGAUCAGCACUUCAUGAGUGCUCUCGAUAAGGCUUUGACGUCUGUUGUGAACUUCAGAGAGCCAAAGUCCAUCUGCAAAGCCCCUGAACUUCUGGCAAAAUACUGCGACAACCUGUUGAAAAAAUCUGCAAAGGGAAUGACAGAAAACGAGGUGGAAGAUAAGCUGACCAGCUUUAUCACAGUUUUUAAGUACAUAGAUGACAAGGACAUCUUUCAAAAGUUUUAUGCCAGAAUGCUAGCAAAGCGGUUAAUACAUGGUUUAUCAUUAUCAAUGGAUUCAGAAGAAGCCAUGAUCAACAAACUAAAGCAAGCUUGUGGCUACGAGUUCACCAGCAAACUUCACAGAAUGUACACCGACAUGAGCGUGAGCGCCGACCUCAACAACAAGUUCAACAAUUUUAUCAAGACGCAGGAGACGGUGGUGGACCUGGGGAUCAGUUUCCAGAUCUACGUGUUACAGGCUGGAGCUUGGCCUUUGACUCACGUCCCUUCAUCCACGUUUGCCAUUCCUCAAGAAUUAGAAAAGAGCGUGCAGAUGUUUGAGCGGUUUUAUAAUCAGCACUUCAGUGGGAGGAAGCUGACUUGGUUGCACUUUCUCUGCACAGGUGACGUUAAAAUGAACUACCUGUCCAAGCCUUAUGUUGCCAUGGUGACCACGUAUCAGAUGGCUGUUCUGUUAGCCUUCAACAACAGUCAGACGGUGACGUACAAGGAGCUGCAGGACGGCACCCAGAUGAACGAGAAGGAGCUGCAGAAGACCAUCAAGUCACUGCUGGACGUCAAGAUGCUCAACCACGAUUCACAAAAAGAGGAGAUUGAAACAGAGUCUACGUUUUCACUAAAUAUGAGUUUCAGCAGUAAAAGAACAAAGUUCAAGAUUACUACAUCGAUGCAGAAAGACACACCUCAGGAGAUGGAGCAGACGAGGAGCGCCGUAGAUGAGGACCGCAAAAUGUAUUUACAAGCUGCUAUAGUGAGAAUCAUGAAGGCCCGCAAGGUGCUGCGACACAACGCCCUCAUCCAGGAGGUCAUUAAUCAGUCCAAAGCCAGGUUCAACCCCAGUAUCAGCAUGAUCAAGAAAUGCAUCGAGGUGCUCAUCGAUAAGCAGUACAUCGAGCGGAGCCAGACCUCGGCUGACGAAUACAGCUAUGUGGCGUAGGCGGAGGAGCCGAGCGAGGCAGCACUUCCUAACAGACUCACCUGUGUGACUAACAGGCCAGAAACAAACCAUAAACCGGUCCCAAUUACCCAUUUAGGUUCUGGACUGUCAGUGUCUGCUGUGAUCCUAUGCGGUGACUAAAGCAGGACUCAUGCCUCCAUCUCUGAAUAAACGUCAUCGUGUCAUGUCGGACCGCCUGCUGACUCCACCCAGAAGACCCAUUUCAUCCUGGUUUUUAAACUGUUUACAACAUCACCAGUGCCACGCACUUGUGCGUCAAACGUCAAAAAAGAAAAUGCCUCUUGUUGUUGGAGAAGAAAGAGCUGAUGGAGGGGAAAAAGAAUCCAGACAGAAAAGCGCAAGACAUCAGUGACACUGGUGGCGACAGGUAAAAUACACGAGCUUUCUUUUCUCACGUUUGCAGUUGUGUGUUAUUUUCUUUAAGUGUACUGAUAUUAGGAAAAAUAUUGUAAUAAAACUGCUAUACUGGCUAUUAUCUACUUUCAAAUGUAAAAAAAGAGUGACAAACAUGAUCUUGCUGCUUGUCAAUGAAAUAAAUAAAAACACUGAAGGCU